AUGGCAAAGAAGGAACCAUUGCAAUUGCAUGAGAUUAUUAAAAAUGCUUUCUUUAUUGCUUCCCUCCUUGUGUUUGGCCCUCAGGUGGAGCGGAUCGUGGACAAGAGGCGGAACAAGAAGGGUAAGUGGGAGUAUCUAAUUAGAUGGAAAGGUUAUGGAAGUAAGGAGGACACCUGGGAACCAGAAACUCACCUGUUGCAUUGCGAAGAAUUCAUUGACCAGUUUAACAGCUUGAGGCAGCAUUCACACAAGCGAUCUAAGGUCCAGAAACAUCGUGGGGAGCCACUUAUCAACAGCCAACCCUCAACAACAGAAAAUUCCAGAGCUCGGUCUGAGGCACGAAAGAAGAAAAGGACUUGUGGCCCACCUGUAGGGGUGAGAGUAGGAUCUGUUCUGGGGAUUGGAGGGUUAGUGUCCAACCCGAAACAGAAGAAAGUGGGUGUUGGAGCAGGAAAGCACACUUUAGGAGAAAGAAUGGGCAAAGCCAUGACAUACAAGCCUCAUCUAUCAAGUGGAUCUCACUUUGUUCCCCCGUUGAGGGUUCCUCAUAAUGGACUUCAUAAUGGAGAGAUGGAGCCUCUCAUGUACAGUACUGCUGCAAGGUCACAUAGACUGCCUUCAGAUCGGGCGGAAGCCGAACUUGUACACACAGAAACAACUGGACCACAGUUAACAGAUGACCUAGGCUCCCCUCUCGCCAACGGAAAGCUGCAUCUUCACAGCUCAGUAAAGCGGAAGCUGGCUGACGAGAAGGGUUAUGUGUUUGACAAGCGGCUCAGGUACAACGUGCGACAGAACGAGAGCAACUGUCGAUUCAGAGACAUCGUGGUCAGAAAGGAAGAAGGCUUCACUCAUGUUCUGCUCUCCAGCCAAACCACAGACAACAACGCUCUUACGCCAGAGAUUAUGAAGGAAGUUGUCGAGCUUUGGGUAAUGCAGCUGCUGAUGAUAGUAAGUUUAUUACUGCUCAGCUCUGUGGGGACAGUUUUCUGUAGUGGCUUGGAGCCGUCCUACCUAAUAGGCCGUCUGUCUACAGACCGCAGGAAAGAGAGCAGUCGCAUUGCAGAGGCUGUACGGGACUUUGUAUUAGCAUUUAUCCACUUCAAGAAACCCAUUGUGGUGGCGAUAAAUGGGCCUGCCUUGGGUUUGGGGGCUUCUAUCCUCCCUCUGUGUGAUGUCGUUUGGGCAAGUGAGCGGGCCUGGUUCCAAACGCCAUGUGCAGCUCUCCACCUCACACCCUCUGGAUGCUCCUCUUACACCUUCCCACAGAUCCUGGGUGUAGCUCUGGCCAACGAGAUGUUGUUUUGUGGAAGAAAACUGACAGCUCAGGAAGCAUGCAGUCGAGGUCUGAUUUCACAGGUCUUCUGGCCGACAACGUUUAACCAAGAGGUGAUGCUACGUGUAAAGGAAAUGGCAUCCUGCAGUGCUGUGGUUUUAGAAGAGUCCAAAUGUUUGGUUAGGAGCAUCCUCAUACCAAUUCUAGAAGAAGUGAAUGAGAAAGAGUGUCAGAUGCUGAAGCAGCUGUGGUGUUCAACCAAAGGACUGGAAGCACUCUUCAGUUACCUGCAGAAUAAAACCCAUGAAAAGUAACUGGAGCUGCAUGCAGAAGCACAUCCAGGACGACGAUGCUGUGACUUUAUUCUUCAGUGAAGGUCUAUUUUAUUCUUUUUCCCUCAGCUUAGAAGAUCUUGGAGUUCUGUCGGAGUAGAACACAAUUAUUUCCUACUCUUUUGUAACAGAGGUGUUAUUUUUUUUUUUUUACUCUCCGGAUGUCUAUUUUUUGUGGUUAUAUAAAUUAAGGUCGAACAUAUAGAUUAAAACCAAUGAAUGCCAGAAUGGUUCUGCACUAGCUUAAAGUCAGUUAAGUGUGUGUGUGUGUGUGUGUGUGUGUGUGUGUGUGUGUGUGUGUGUGUGUGUGUGUGUGUGUGUGUGUGUGUGUGUGUGUUUGACAAACGAAAGUGCUGCAUGAGGAGAACAUUCACUCCCUCAAUGAACACCUGCUAGAAAUGUUCAUACAGUAAAUAAUCAAAAGCAUUGGAACUCUCCAUCAAAUACAUGCAUUCAGACAUUCAAAUAAGUAACAGUUGAAUUACUUCCUUGUGGAGCAACUGGAUGGCCUGCAGUCUUGACCUCAACCCAAUAGAAAGCCCUCGGGAUGAUUUAGAGCAGGAACUCUGAGCUUCGUCUUCUCAUACAAAAUCAAAGCUUGUUGUUAUGAAUGAGCCUCUAAAAGAAUAGUCAAUAAUUCCAAUAAUGACGUGACUAAACAUUGUGGAAAGCCUUCACCAGAAGAAUUGAAGUUAGUCUUGCUGCAGCGGGUGGGGCAACUUAUGUAUUGAACACUACACAUUAAAGGGAUACUAAGCAGUUUUGCUUGCUUUUAGCACUCCCUAGUGCCCAUUAUUAAUUAUCUGUGGUCAAAGCAAAAGUAAAAAGUACCUCCUUGCUGUGCGUUUGUCUUUUUGACACCUUAAUUUAACAGCUGAAAUGUCUCCUCAGUUCAUCACUAAAUCAAACAAAUCAGCAAGAAAAUGAUUUAAAAAUAUAAAGAAGUUGAAUAGUAUUAGGGCUGAGCGGUUCUGGAAAGUAAUCUAAUUGCGAUUAUUUUUUCCUUCAAUAUUGCAAUUGCAAUUUAAUUCACGAUAAUUUUCUCAAGGGGCUUUUGUCAUAUUUUUCAACUAGCAGAAGCAAAAAAACUAUUUAACUUGUACUGAAUUUAAACAGGUUUAUGAAUCUACACAUUUAUCUACAUAUCAUAUUAACAAGUUUAUUAGUCUACAAAUACAUAAACACUCACAAGUAAAGACAACAUUUUGUAUUUGAAGGCACAAUGCUUUGCACCCAGGAGCAUAUCCCCUAAAGGAGCAUAGGUAUUAGCAUCAACUGUAAAAAUGUAUUUGCAGGAAAGAAGUGUGUCCCAUUUAUUGAGGUAUUUUGUGUUUAGAGUUUUUGACGUCUUGUCCAUGCAGAGCUUCCAUAGUUCAGUUACAUCCAUAGCUGCUAGCCAAAACUCAGUGGAAUUAAAGUCUCUUGUGGAUUUCUAGCUUUAGUAAAAUAUCUGCCUGUACUUAAUUGAUUGAUGGCAGUUUUUACUUUUUAUUAGACUUCAAAUGUAAACAUUUGGCAUCUUCCUAAUUCGUAAUUUGUAAGAAUGCAAUCGGCGAUAUUAGCAUUAGCAUCUCUAUGGGUUUUUUUUCCAUGUAUAUUAGCAUUGUGCUAACUACUUGCUGCCAGUCAAAUCGCAGCCUUUGCGAUUAGAAAAUCUCCCCUUUUGUCACAUCGCAAUUUAAUUGCAUAUGCAAUUAAUCGUUCAGCCCUACAUAGUAUCCCUUUAAGAUUGACGUUAGGAGUGUAUUGGCAAGAAUUUGGCAAAACAAUAUAUCAAAAUAAACGGGAGCCAAGUAUUGCAACGCUAAUAGCCAAAACAAAUUGCAGUUUUUUA